AUGACGAAGCCCAAGCACAAAGGGCGACGAUACUGCUUCAUCGCCGGUAUCCUUGAUGACGGCUCCGACGUGUCCCACCUGCUCGGUCUGGACAUUUUCGUUGGUGGGAAGAAGAAUGGCAAGACGGCGAAAGACUACAAUUCAAUGUUCAACCAUGAUUACUCUGAUGAUUGGUUCGACAAGCUGCUUGACGAAGUUGAAGAACUGGGGCGGGCGUCGGCGGUAUUCGUCAUGGAUAAUGCCAAAUAUCACAAGGGCAUGCCGAAGUCCACGCCUGAGGGAACAUGGAAGAAAUGCGCGCUCUACGAAGCUUGUGUACCGUACCAACUCCAGGAUGUUUCGCCAACUGACCUGAAAUCGACUAUCUGGGAGACGUUGAAGAAGCACGUGGAUGAGCAUGUCCCUCCU